GUGUACACAGAGCGCUCAGUAGAGGGCGCAGUGGGGCGCUACGUGGAGGGCAGUGUGCGGCUCUCCCGUCUCUCGGUCCGGGUGAAGAUUUCUCCCAUCUAGAUAGAAGAUCUCUCCUUCCACUUCCGGAUGUCCCGACUGAGAGCUCCUCCCCCUACAGGACUGAGAGGAGACACCGCCGACACCGAGCUGGAGGGAGAGCCGACCAGGGUUUGUAAUACGUUUCUAUGGAUUGGCUGGGGAUCCCACGAGAAAACCUUUACUUGUCCGAGCAAGUGAUUGUUCUGCUGUCUUGUGCCCUGUCCUUCUUGGGUUCUGCUCUCAUCAUCUUUACCCACAUCCGCUGGCCAGAGCUCCGGAGUCGUCCACGUCAACUGCUUCUGUUCCUGUCAGUUGCUGACCUGUUAUCAGCUGCCUCCUACUUCUAUGGAGUCCUGCGUGACUUUCAGGACUCAACAUGGGACUGCGUGGCCCAGGGUGCCCUGUCUACUUUCUCCAACACCAGCUCUUUCUUCUGGACUAUGGCGGUUGCCCUCUACUUAUACAUCACUAUUGUGCACUCUCAACAGAGCCUUGCUGAGCAUAUGAUCUACUGGUUCCAUCUAUUCAGCUGGGGCGUUCCGCUGGUAAUAACCGUUGCUGCGGUAUGCCUGCAGAAGAUUGGCUAUGACGCAUCCUAUGUUUCAGUGGGGUGGUGCUGGAUCAAUAUAGAUGCGGAGGACAGGCUCACAUGGAUGCUGUUGGCCGGAAAAGUGUGGGAGAUCCUGGCUUAUCUUGUCUUGCCUUUUCUCUACAUCCAAAUAAAGAAGCACAUUGGCAGAGCGCAUAGGGCCUUAUCAGAAUAUCGUCCAAUCCUGUCCGCUGCGCCUGUCUACCAGCCCAGAACGAUAGCUGACAAGAAGCUGGUCUUCAUCCCUGUUAUAUUCAUCUUUCUCCGUAUCUGGAGCACCAUCCGAUUCAUCCUGACUCUUUGUGAGUCUCCAGCAGUGCACAACCCCAUCCUUGUCGUAUUGCACGGUAUUGGAAAUAGCUUCCAGGGUGGCGCAAACUGCAUCAUGUUCGUUUUAUGCACUCGUGUCAUCAGAAACCGUCUGCUGAAAUCCCUCUGUUGGUGUUGUUACGGAUCGCCUGGCUCUGGUGACAUUAGGGAGAGUGCUGUGUCUGAGGGAUAUCCGUCAGGCUAUGGUUCCACAUCGGGAUUGCUUGACAGUCAGACGUGGACACCACAUCAGCCUAGUACUUGAUUGUUCUGCAGGAUCUCCGGUCCAUCCAGAGGGUCUUCUUUGUCUUCCUGAUAGACUUCAGUCUGCCCAGACAGACCAUAUCGCUUUGACAAGUGUAGUUACAAUGACAAGCUACCUAAAUGGAGCUUUAAUGUGCCCUGUGUAAUGAAGUUGUUGUACAGGAUUGAGAGAGUUUGUUCUAAGCACUUAUUAUGAUGUUAUUUUCUAUGCAAUAUUUAUUGUACAGAAUUAAUGAACAUUGUGCACUUUGGAAAACCACUGUUUACAAUUCAUUAGAACUGUGAUCUGGCUGUAUGAAAUGUAUACUUUUUUCAGUCUUUUUUUCUUGGUGCUUAUUUAUGAAAGCAAUUCCAAGAGUAUUAAUGUCAUGUGUAACCCACAGCAUCUAUUCAGUCUUUUGAAGUCUGAGUAUCCUUCUGAGUGGCUUCUAUGGGUUACAACCUUUUCAAGCACUGAGUAUCCUUCUGAGUAUCCUUCUGAGUGGCUUCUAUGGGUUACAACCUUUUCAAGCACUGAGUAUCCUUCUGAGUAUCCUUCUGAGUGGCUUCUAUGGGUUACAACCUUUUCAGAACCUGUGCAGGUGUCUUAUUGAUCAUGCAAACUUCUAUUAAUCUGCCAUUGAGGCUAAAACAGUUUUUUACAUGUUUCUAAUAAAAAUUUUGAUCAUCAGAAACUUUGUAACUUUUGGACGGACUUGGCUAUAUCUCUGUUAUGUAUUAGAUUACUGGUCCAGUUGCAUAACAGCUGAUUACCAAAUCCGUCAUCAAAUUUUAAUGUACAUGUGAUCAUGCUAGGAUUUAUUACUAGACUACAAAUACUUAUCUAUGCAAUUUUUUUCAAACUGGUGAUAAAAUGUCUUGGGUUUUGCCUACAGCAAUGGUAUUGUAGAUAUUUUGAAGUUGAGAUGUUGGUAGUAUUAAUGUUUAAGCCACCUGUUUUCUUAGGAUGAAUGAUUGUGUGCCUUUGUACAUCUUUUAUGGAGUUAAUAAGACAUCCCUACUAGAGGUGUUAGCUGUGACGACCUGUAAGAAAACCAGAAACAAAUCUUCCUUCUUCCUGAUCCUUGUUUUCUACAAUGUGAAAUGGAUGGCAGUGAGAGUGUUGCCGCCAAUUAAUUUUUUUUUAGGCAGGUGGACAGGGCAGAGAACUCCUAUGCAAAGAUCUUGCCUGUGUCCCCAAAAAGAAGAUUCGGAAAACUGGUUGAUAAUUUAGCAAACUUGUAACAUCCCAAAACUGCAGUCACUGGCACAGGAACUGAGGGGAAAGAGGCAGCAAUAGAAUCCCGACUGCCUAAAAGACAUCUGCCGUGUGCACCCUCCUUAAUCAUAGAGGUCAGUGAAGAAGACAGAGAUGUGUAGCCUUAAAUAAUGUUCUGUAGAUCUUCAAUGAUUCAUUAUGCCACAGAGUGACCCGUUUCAGGAUUGUGUUUUCACUUGGAGGGCCCAUAGCAGCUCUGUUCCCUGUUAUUAUAAUAGAUUGAUGCAUCUCUGAUGUUCUGCCACUAUCUGCAUAAUUAUUCCAAAUGGAUAUACUCGCUUGUUCUUUCUAGAUUCAUUAUGGUGUUUUUAGAUGGAAAAAGUUCCUCCUUUAUGGAACCUAGACCAUGUGAUUUUUCUAUAAACUGACGUGAGCUAUAAUAAAUAAACGUAUUUAUACAUAU